AUGGCCCCCGCCAGUAGCCGGGCUGUUGUUGUGGUCGCGCUCUUACUGCUCUACCUGAGUCGGUCCAUCUUCUCCACCGAGUAUUUCUCCACCCUGACGCUGUUCAACAACGAACUCCACAAGCAGGGAUGCAGCUCUCUGUCCGAGUGGGAGGAAUACGCGGCGGACUGCGAGUCGUCCAUUUUACAGCUGGAGGACCCGGACUGCGAGGAGGGAAGUAACCCGCCCUGCGAGUCGGUCUUUUCACUGAAUGCAGAAAAGAUCCUGAAUCAGGCCAAGUUGUUUAUAGAGCAGAAAAAAAUCCCCUUCCCUGUAGAUAACCACAACACAAACGAAGAACUUGCGAUAGGCUACGUUCUGAUAGGAAACGGCCUUUAUGAUGAAGCCAUCAAACACUUCUCCCUAUUAUUACAGGGUGACCCAGAGCUGGUCAGCGCCAUCUAUGGGAGAGGAAUAGCAUACGGCAAGAAAAGUCUACAGGACAUAAAGAAUGCAGACUUGGCGCUGUACGAGCUCAACAGAGUCAUCACCCUGGAGCCGAACUGGCCCGAGGUUUACGAACAGAGGGCAGAGAUUCUGUCUCCUCUGGGUCGUAUCACUGAGGCUCUGGGGGAUCUGACCAAAGCCAUCCAGCUCCAGCCGUCGGCUCGACUCUACAGACACAGAGGAACGCUGCUCUUCAUUUCAGAGGACUAUGUGGCAGCUAUGGAGGACUUUCAGCAGUCAUUAGAGCUGAAGAAGAACCAGCCAAUCGCUAUGCUGUAUAAAGGUCUUACCUUCUUCCACAGAGGGAUGCUGAAGGAAGCCAUAGAGACGUUCAAGGAGGCGCUGAAGUUGAAGUCUGACUUCAUAGAUGCGUAUAAGAGCCUCGGACAGGCCUACAGAGAACUGGGUGACUUUGAGUCGGCCAUGGAGAGUUUCCAGAAAGCCCUCAUGUUGAACCAGAACCACAUCCAGUCUCUCCAGCUUCGAGGCAUGAUGCUGUACCACCACGGUUCACUGCAGGAGGCCAUCGGGAACUUCAAGAGGUGUCUUCAGCUGGAGCCGUACAACGAGGUGUGUCAGUACAUGAAGGGGUUAAGUCACGUGGCCAUGGGUCAGUUCUACGAAGGCAUCAAAGCUCAGACCAAAGUGAUGUUGAACGAUCCUCUACUGGGACAGAAGGCCAGCUCGGAAUACCUCAAAGUCAAAUACCUCAGAGAAUACUCUCGUUACCUUCACUCUCACCUGGACAUCCCAGUUGCAGAGUACAACGUGGACCAGGACUUACCUGGAAACUUCAAGAACCACUGGGCCAAGAACCUGCCUUUUCUAAUAGAAGACUAUGAAGAACAGCCAGGUCUGCAGCCACACAUCAAGGAUGUGUUACCGCAGAACUUCGACAGCUACAGCAGCGAAGUGCAGAAGCUGAUCUGCACGGCCGACCACCUAGGGGCGCUAAUGCAGUACGACACACCGGGAUUCUUACCCAAUAGGAGAAUACACAGAGCCAUGGGUUUGGCCACGCUGGAGGUGAUGCAGGCCAUGCAUCGGACGUGGAGCAACUCCAAAGUACGAGUCAAUGGAAAGACCAGACAAAUGCAGUGGAGAGAUAUGUUCGACAUAGCCGUCAAAUGGAGGAGGAUCGCAGAUCCAGACCAGCCGGUCCUGUGGUUGGACCAGAUGCCUGCACGGAGUCUGAGCCGAGGCUUCAACAAUCACAUCAACCUCAUCAGAGGACAGAUCAUCAACAUCAGAUACCUGGCAUACUUCGACAACAUCCUCGACUUCAUUAAAGACCGAAUACUGGUGUAUCAUGGGGCGUACAACCCCAGAGGACUCUUAGAAGUACGUCAGGCUCUAGAAAACGUAAAUAAAGUAGAAGAUCUACUUCCAAUAAUGAAGCAGUUCAACAGUAAAACCAGAGAUGGCUUCACAGUCAACUCCAAGGUGCCCAGCAUGAAGGAUUCUGGGAAAGAGUACGACGGCUUUACCAUCACCAUCACUGGAGACAGGGUGGGGAACAUGUUAUUCUCGGUGGAAACCCAGACCACAGAGGAGCGAACGCAGCAGUACCAGUCGGAGAUCGAGUCCAUUUACAAAGACCUCACCGUUAAAGGGAAGGCGCUGAUGCUUUCCACAGAACUAGGGGACGCAGAUGCUGUGUGUAACCUCAUCCUCUCCCUGGUUUAUUACUUCUGCAACCUCAUGCCGCUCUCCAGAGGAUCCAGUGUGGUGGCCUACUCUGUGGUAAUGGGGGCGCUGAUGGCCAGUGGGAAAGAAGUCAUCGGUCGGAUUCCUAAAGGAAAGCUGGUCGACUUCGAAGCCAUGACCACACCGAGUCCAGACAGCUUCAGUAAAACCAAGAGCUGGAUGAAUCUGAAGAGUUUACCAGGCUGGUACCAGAGUCUUCCGUCCGUCGCAGAGACCUUCCCGUCGACCAGAACGAUGAUCGAGGUUCUCAACACGGACUCGUCCUCACACUGUCCAAAGAAGUCUUAAUGCAGCUUCUACACAAGUCGUAUCAGAGCUUCGUAGCGGGCAGAACAAAGGGACCGCCAGCUCCUGAAACCCAAACUAACGCCAACCGCCAAAACGUUCUGACGCUGGAUGGAGACCAGAGACGAGUCUGAUAGAUGUGUACGAGCUUUGGGUUAUGGUCACAUGACUACGCGUGUCAGUGAAUGAUCCCACAAAUAUACACUAUGUGGACAAAAGUAUGUGGACACGUUGAAUUCAGGGUGGUUCUUCUCUAACGAAACAAUAACGACUAAUGUCAGAAUAUAGUUUUAUAUUGGGAUAAAUAUCAUUGCAUUGGUUAGUUUUGGGGUGAAAUUGUUAAAUUUGUUUCCGAAAAUUGCCUCAGAGAUGGAUUUGACUUAAUUUCUCUCAACAUUGAUUGUUUUUUUUUUUUUUUUUUUUUUAAAUCCAUGACUAUGAUUU